GGUCCCGGUCCCCGCAGCGGCCCCGAGCCGGGCUGCGGACGCCGGGCAGCGGCGCGUCACGGCGCAGGCUCCGCGGCCGGAGCAGGCGCGUGAGCCGAGCUCGGGGUGGCGCGGGCGGCGGGGACGCAGCUGCCCCCGCUGCACCCCCAGCUGCCACCGCCGUCUGGGCCCCGAGCCGCUGCCUUCUCGCCCGGCGGCUGCGGGCGGGGGCGCCUCGGGAUCAAUCUUCUGAAAUUUAACUUUUCAAGAUGAAGUUUUUAUUGGCGAUUGCUUUUUUUAUUUUAAUUUCCUUGUGGGUUGAAGAAGCCUGUUCUAAAGAGAAGUCUUCAAAGAAAGGGAAGGGGAAAAAGAAGCAGUAUCUAUGUCCAUCCCAGCAGUCUGCAGAGGACCUUGCACGAGUACCCGCCAACUCCACUAGCAAUAUCUUGAAUAGGCUACUGGUCAGUUAUGAUCCCAGGAUCAGACCAAAUUUCAAAGGCAUUCCUGUUGAUGUGGUAGUCAACAUUUUUAUCAACAGCUUUGGAUCCAUUCAAGAGACAACAAUGGACUAUAGAGUUAACAUCUUCCUGAGACAAAAAUGGAACGAUCCCAGGCUGAAGCUCCCCAGUGAUUUUCGGGGCUCAGAUGCACUGACAGUGGAUCCCACAAUGUACAAGUGUCUAUGGAAACCUGAUUUAUUUUUUGCAAAUGAAAAAAGUGCUAAUUUUCAUGAUGUAACCCAGGAAAAUAUCCUCCUCUUUAUUUUUCGAGAUGGAGAUGUCCUUGUCAGCAUGAGGUUAUCUAUUACUCUUUCAUGCCCUUUGGACUUGACCUUGUUUCCCAUGGAUACACAACGUUGCAAGAUGCAACUUGAGAGCUUUGGUUACACAACUGAUGAUUUACGAUUUAUCUGGCAGUCAGGGGAUCCUGUUCAGUUAGAAAAAAUUGCCUUGCCUCAAUUUGAUAUUAAAAAGGAGGAUAUUGAAUAUGGUAACUGUACAAAAUACUACAAAGGCACUGGGUACUACACGUGUGUGGAAGUCAUCUUCACCCUAAGGAGACAGGUCGGGUUUUACAUGAUGGGUGUUUAUGCCCCGACCCUGCUGAUUGUGGUUCUCUCCUGGCUUUCCUUCUGGAUCAACCCGGACGCAAGUGCUGCCAGAGUGCCCCUGGGUAUCUUCUCAGUUCUCAGCUUGGCCUCUGAGUGCACAACCCUUGCUGCUGAACUUCCCAAAGUGUCGUACGUGAAGGCUCUUGACGUAUGGCUCAUUGCUUGUCUUCUCUUUGGGUUUGCUUCCCUGGUGGAGUAUGCUGUCGUCCAGGUGAUGUUGAAUAACCCCAAACGAGUUGAAGCAGAAAAAGCCAGAAUUGCUAAGGCUGAGCAAGCAGAUGGGAAAGGUGGAAAUGUGGCUAAAAAGAAUACUGUGAAUGGUACAGGGACCCCUGUUCACAUCAGCACUUUGCAGGUUGGAGAAACCAGAUGCAAAAAGGUUUGUACUUCUAAGUCUGAUCUGAGAUCUAAUGACUUCAGCAUUGUUGGAAGCUUACCAAGAGAUUUUGAAUUAUCCAAUUACGACUGCUAUGGAAAACCUAUUGAAGUCAACAAUGGACUUGGGAAAUCUCAGGCAAAGAACAACAAGAAGCCACCCCCUGCCAAACCUGUCAUUCCAACAGCAGCAAAACGAAUUGAUCUUUAUGCAAGAGCUUUGUUUCCAUUCUGCUUCUUGUUCUUCAACGUUAUAUAUUGGUCUAUAUAUUUAUGAUACAUCUUUUCCAGUUGUAUGAAAUAAAACCCCAUUUCAUCAUGACCAACGUCAUUCAUAAAUGCCAAUCUGUGAAAAUCUUUGCAUUUUCCUAGCAAUAUACUGCAUUUGGAUGCCAUUUGAUUGUAAUAAAAAUGUGGCACCUUAAUUUUGAAUGGCAGCAUGAUCCUGUAACGUCUGUGCUCUAAUAAUGAUGUAUAUAUGUAUAGCGAACUUAUUGCUUUAGGAAUAAAUGAAGGAUAAGCAUACUACAAAAUAUAAAUACAAACAAUUCUCUUCAGUAAGUGUAAAUUACAAAUACUUCAGAUAAUUCUGAUAAUAAAAUGAUGUGCACGCUGAAUCCUGUUAUGACCAUUCUAAUGGAUGUAGUAUUUGAAUUGUCCUUCAUUGUAACUUUCAGAGAAAGCCAUCUUAUUCUUGUAUAACUUUAGAUGAUAUAUCACAGAUUAAGCAAAAUUAUAUUGCAUAUUGUCUAAGCUUUGUAAGUAGAAAUAUAUCAGUUAUAAUUAUGUGGGCUCUGUGGAGAAAUAAAGUUGAAAAAUUACUAAUUUGUAAAAUCAGCUCAUUUUAAAAUGUGCCCGUGUUGUCAAAAUGGCAGAUGAUUAAACACAGUAAGCAUUUGUGAAACAUGGGGAAAUCUGGAUUUACAUAAAUUCAUACUGAAUUCUGGCUUCUGAUAAAAUAAAGGAUAGAUACAUUGAUUAAAUGUUUCUGAUAAAAGAAAUUCUACUUAAACCAGCUUAAAACUUAAAUAUAUUUUCGUGGACUUCAUUUUGUUGAUACAGAGUAUACAAAAUCAUUGUGCCUUAAAAAGACUCAUACAAAUUUUAAAUUGGAAUAUAGUAAUGGUUAUGUGAUUUCACAUCAUUUUUAAGAAACCAAGAGGAAAAUACCUUGUCACUAGAAGUAACUUGAGUUGGAAAAAAAAAAAUCGUAAUUAUUAAAGGAUUCUAACUUCUUUAUUAAAAUGCUUACAUAUUUUUAAGUAAAAUUAAAAUAUUUUUCAGAAUUCAUUUAUUUUUUUCUUAUUUAUCUGAAUAUUUUUUGGAUUUGUUAAAGAACAUUUAAAGACUAAGGAAAUAUCUUUGUAUAUGCUAGGCCUCACUUCUACUUGUGUUUUCUUUCUUGCUAGACGUCUAGACUACUUAGAUUUACUUACUUUGAUCUUGUUCCAUCCUGACAAUAUGCACUUUCUGGUCUAUAAGGCUCUCAUUACCUAGCAAUAUCACAGCCAAUGUACCUUUUUAUUUUUGCCAGAGCUGAAAUGAGAACUAUCAGUAAUUAAUGGAACAUGAACAUAAGACCAAAUAAGUAUAUUUAUAUUAUUUGGCGAGUUUUGUUGCAGCUAAGAGUUUGUAUUGUCAAUACAAUAAUAAAAUAUGUUUAAAUAUUUAUGCAAAUUGCCAUAUGUAAGUCAAUGCUAUUUUAUUGAAGACUUUAAUUUUGAAAGAUUCUCAGUGAUUAUCAAAUUUUGUAAAAAUGAGUUGUAAUCUAGUCCUCUGUAGUCCUUCAGCACCCUCUAGUUGCCAAAUCUUAGCCAUCUGAAUAGUUUAAAUGCCACAAAUAACCCUAUUGAUGGACUUCAAUAUCCUGCCAGGACCAGGCCAAUCACAUUUUAAUGGAAAUGUGGUGGGAAAAAGAUGUCCUGAAUAGGACUUAAACCAUUAAAAAUUUUUAUUUAUAAUAAUUACAUUUGCCAAUAAUCUGUUUCCUUUAUU